UUUUGACAUCUUCCAGCCUCGUGUUAAUUUGGCACGGGGAAGCUGCAACUGGGCCAACUAGGCCAACGCUACCUUGUCCAAUUAAAUAGUUGUACACAAGUACUUAUUAGUUUUUGUCGCUACUGGGUAGGUGUUGCUUGCUAUCAAGCCUGAGCCCCUGAAUUUGGGAGUACCAAGGUGAUCCGUGCUCAGAUUUGGUGCCUUUCUAGUGGUCCCAUGCCCCCUGUCUAGUCCCCGUCUACGGCAACUUAUUUUGUGGUAUGAAAUUGCACUUUUUUGGAGAGGAGACUUCAGGGAAGGAGAGAACUGGAACCAUCAACAGCUACUUUGGUCGGUGGUGUAAAGCGAGACCCGAACAACUUUUCAAAUCUUUUCGGUUUCUACCUUUCAUCAACAUUUCCCAGUUGUGAUCCGCCCCUUUCACAAUCCACCGUUUUGAGAUACCCCCAUUUACGAAGAUCCGUUUCGCUUUUUGACGAGUCCUGUUCAAUCGUCAAUCAUUGUUAAUUUCAAUUCUCUGCUAGCGGAACUCGUCAGCCCAUUGGAAACCCAAGUCUUAGCCUAAUAUGUCGUCCCCAGCGAAGAUGAUGCGCCGGAAGAAGAACGUGAAGAAGGGAAUUCAGUUCUGCUUGAUGGUCUGUGGUGCUUCAGGAACAGGCAGAACGACCUUCGUAAACACCCUCUGCAGCAAGAGCGUUCUGAACCAUAAGGACUCCGACGACGCCACCGCUGCCCACCUUGAGGAUGGCGUUAAGAUCAAGCCCAUCACCGUUGAGCUUGAAUUGGACGAGGAGGGUACUCGUAUCUCCCUGACUAUUGUCGACACCCCUGGCUUCGGUGACCAGAUCGACAAUGAAGCAAGCUUUUCGGAGAUCGUUGGGUAUCUCGAGCGACAAUACGAUGACAUCUUAGCUGAGGAGUCGCGUAUCAAGCGUAACCCCAGAUUCAGGGACAACCGUGUGCACGCUAUGCUGUACUUCAUCACUCCUACCGGUCACGGUCUCCGUGAGCUCGAUAUCGAACUGAUGAAGCGCCUUGCACCUCGUGUCAACGUUAUUCCCGUCAUUGGCCGCGCCGAUUCACUUACCCCUGCCGAACUAGCUGAGUCGAAGAAGCUGGUUAUGGAGGAUAUCGAGCACUACCGAAUCCCCGUCUACAACUUCCCUUACGACAUUGAGGAGGACGACGAGGACACCGUUGAGGAGAACGCCGAGCUUAGAGGCCUCAUGCCCUUUGCCAUCGUUGGCUCCGAAGAGGUCAUCGAGAUUGGAGGUCGCAAAGUCCGGGCUCGUCAAUAUCCUUGGGGUGUUGUUGAGGUCGACAAUCCUCGUCACUCCGACUUCCUGGCCAUUCGAUCGGCUCUUCUCCACAGCCAUCUUGCCGAUCUGAAGGAAAUCACCCACGAUUUCCUCUACGAGAACUACCGUACUGAGAAGCUUUCUAAGAGUGUUGAGGGCGGUGCCGGAGUCGAUUCUUCCAUGAACCCCGAGGACUUGGCCUCCCAAUCUGUGCGCCUAAAGGAGGAGCAGCUUCGCCGAGAAGAGGAGAAGCUUCGCGAGAUCGAGGUCAAGGUCCAGCGCGAGAUUAACGAGAAGCGACAGGAACUUUUGGCCCGCGAGUCCCAAUUGCGCGAAAUCGAGGCGAGAAUGGCACGAGAAGCCGCCGCCGCCUCAGGAACGCCCGAGGCGAAUGGCGAGGAGGACGGCAACUAGACGCCUUAGAACGACAUCUUUUCUAUCUCUACUUCUGGUAUACCGGCGGCCAGAUAGCAGUACGGAUUGUGGCGUUGGGUGUUUGAUAUCCCCUAGUCCCCGACUCCCCUGAACUAUGGCCAUUCGAGACGACGUUAUAUGAAACCCUAAAAAAGCUAAUGGUUGGUGCAUGAGGUGUGCGAAGCAGAGGGUUUGGUGAAGAGCUUGUCAGGAAUAAGACCCGGGCAACAUUGAUAUCCCCUACAACUAUUGCAUGCCCAAUUUUCGGAAAAGGGACGAUGGUACUAUGGGAAAAGAAAACAACCUUGUGUUCCCCGAUUUUUCAUAUCUAGGCAUGUCGUCCCGCUGAGAAGCCGAAGGUGGUGAGGGGGAUAACCUAGCUACCUUUGUAACUUCUGCGAGUCGAUGUCCGUUUUACUAGUUGCAAACUGUGUAGCCUUUUUCUACUUCCCCCUUUUCUCCUAGUAUUAGUGCCUUCUAAUGCAGAUAUCAAUACGAGUUUUCUUUGAUGUCUACCAGUGUUAGGAUUGCCUUGUAGUCGCGUGGAUUCCGUGCUUGUAAUGUUUGAAGAACUGCGUAUUAUG